ACUGCACAACAUCCAUAUCAGAAGCGUAAUUUAGCAAAGACCAACACACCUACUAACAUCAUGCCUGUUACUAUUUUCUACAAAAUCGCCUCGGACAAGGCUGGUGUUGUCCCCAAUAUUGCUGGUGACUUCGAGAACUGGACUGGAACCCCUAUGUUGUCAACUGAGAAGCCUCUGCCAGAAUCCGAGGAUGGAGAUUGGUACAUCCACACUAUUGGUGCCGACACAGUCGAGUUCAAGCUAAAGCUGGGUGAGGAGUGGAUUGGUGCCGAGAACGAGGCCAACUUCAUCACUAGCGAAAACAGAGUUGCUGUUGAGGGUAAUUUACUGCGAACCCUUGCCCCUGCUGUUGUUCCUGAGACCGCCCCAGUUGAAACCGUACCCGAGGAUAUCAAAAUCGCAGAGAUUCCAAAGGUUGAAGAAACCUCAAAGGCAGAAGAACCCAAGGCAGUAACUGCACCCAAGGUUGAGGCCGUUAAAGUUGAAGAGACACCCAAAGUUGAAGCCAAGAGCAAAGAGCCUAAGGUUGAAGCCAAGAACGAAGAGCCUAAGGUAGAGGCAAAGGCGGAGGAGGCCAAGUCCGCGCCCAAGGCUGCAGAGGCCAAAUCCGCUGCGGCUAAAAAGGCGGCUGCCCCCAAAGAGAAGAAGCAGGGAAGCUGCUGCACUAUUCUCUAAACAUAUUGUAUAUAUAUAUAUGGUUGUAUGGCACACUUGGGGUUCUCAUACUGCAACCCCCUUAUCAAAAUAUCUGUAUUAAUUUAGUGGGGGUUGAUGUGCACUUGAGUCGCCUCCGGUGGACAGGGAGAGGACAAGCUGAACGCCGAGAACAAUUGCUUAAGAAUAUUUAGUCAAAACAUCGAGUAAUUAAUGAUUAUAUGCUGAAGUACACGCAUACACAUCCACGGCAACAUGCACCUAUGCUCGUGCGUGUAUACAUGUACGAUGCCCGCGUAUGGUUAGCAUGGAAGAAAUAAUAUCGCUUCGCUUGUUCCAAGAUGUUAGUUAACCUAUGGACCUAUGGAAUAGCCCAACAUGUCUGGCACGAGUCUACCAACCGGCCUUUGCGGGAGGAAAAAUAAAUAUAGGCCACUCGCCAAACAUGAUUGCGCUGUGUAUACUAUAAUAUAUUCAUCGAUGUUCGAAGCAAACCCGUAUAG